AUGUGCAUCGAGGGGACCACGUGCGACAACACGCGCCUGCUUGGGCACGCUAUUGAGGAGGAGGAGGAGGAGGAGGAGGAGGAGGAGGAGGAGGAGGAGGAGGAGGAGGAGGAGGAGGAGGAGGAGGAGGAGGAGGAAGAGGAGGAGGAGGAGGAGGAGGAGGAGGAGGAGGAGGAGGAGGAGGAGGAGGAGGAGAUGAUGCAUGCAAAGGGCAUCAGAGAGGUGGCCAUGGCAACCGGCCUGGAGGAAGCCAUGACGGAGGGGGGCUAG